AUGCGUGAUGAAGACAAGGAGAACUGCCAGGACGUGAGUCCAUCAGACUUCGACUUAUUCCCAAAGUUCACAAAACCUAUGCGAGGCCGUCGUUUUCCCUCUCUGGAAGAGCUUCCUGCUGCAGUCACCCGAGCCAUUCGACAGAUAAACAAAGAUGGUGUCCUGGAUGGGAUAAAGGAAGACGGAGAGUUUGAGAAACCUGGAGAAUUCGCAUGGGAAGAGAGGGAUUCCUGCAGUGGCUUGGUCAUAACUGCUGCACCCGAGGACGUGAGCUGGGACUUCGGGGACAAGAGGACUGAUGCUGACAAGACUGAAAGUGUCAUUACGGAGGUGAAGACUAAUGUGACCCAAGCACCGGAACCAGUUCAAGACUCUGAAGUAGGUCUACAGGAAGAUAGAAUCUACUGCAACCUGGUGGAACUAACUGAAGAUCCUCUGUAUGAAAAUCAAAGAUCUCAAGAUGUUGGAAAAGAACACCUGUACGAAAAUGCCAAGUAUGAGGAACCAUUGUAUGAGAAUUGCUCGGCAUCUGUAAGCGAAGACAAGGAGCAUAUUUACGAACAUGUCUCUUAUCAGAGUCCAGUAAAUAUCUUCUUGGGUUUGCUCCAAAGUGAAACUGAAACAAUCAGUCCAGACCCAAAUAUAUACGAAGUUCCUCCAGGAGCAAUCUUCAAUACAAAUCUCGUCAGCAUCGACGAAUCAGACGCAAGAAAACUGAAACCUCCAGAAGGCUUCCAAGACUACGAGAAUAUCUGCUGGAACCCACAGACAGAAUUCGACGAAGAGAUUUUUACCCUUCCAGUUGAAGUGAUAUACUCGACAGUCGUGAAACCUAAACGCAAGAAGUGCAGACCGCACGUCUCUGUCAUACUGCGUGAAGAGGGAAAUGCAUCUUUUCAUAGUGUGAAAGGAACAAACGACGAGAUGAGUGGUGUCACAGACGUCGAUAUGAAUAAUAAGAAUGGGUUUUCUGGGGCUGGAAAUGCGGGCAGUCAUAUUCAGAAUACAAAUUGCAAUGCUUCCAGCGAACAGGAUUCAAAUCAUACUCAAAUCUCUUGCAAUGACGCUUCCUCGAAAAGUAGCGCAAUCAAUCACAAAGCAAAUGGUACGGGCGUGUCCUUUGAAGAUAUGUCUAGCGACAAUAUAACAUCUUGCGAAGACAAAAAGAACAAUACUACAAUAGAUAAUUGCAUAACUUCACAUGAAGAUAAUUCAGUCGACACUAAAGUUAACAAUUGUGUUGGUCCAUCUCAAUACGCCCCGAUCAAAGCAAAUGAUAAUUUAUUGAAUUCCUUCGAAGUAGAUAAAGCCGGAGUUCCUGAAUGUUUGGAUAAAAUGGAUCAUAUGAUCGAUAAUAGCGUAGCUUCUUGUGGAAACGAUACCGACAACACUAAAUUGGACAACUGCAUAACUUCUUGUGGAAACGAUACAGACAACACUAAGUUGGACAACUGCAUAGCUUCUUGUGGAUGCAAUUUCAUCGAUAUAAAGGUCGAUAAGCACACAAUUUCUUAUGGAGAAACCGAGAAGCUCACUGAAGGUCACAACUGCAUAAAUUCGUGUAAACCUGAGUCGGUCCAUACCAGAGUCGAUAUUUUCGUAACUUCGUACGAAAACAGUUCAAAAGGUAUAGAUAUCCAGGACCCAACCAUGCUUUAUGCAGAAAACUCUAAUGACACUUCCAUAGAGGCCAGUGUGAACAAUGCAAUAGACAAACGUUUGUCAGCUUGUGAGGACUUUAAGAAGUUUGUUGAAAAUGAUACAGCCGCAAUCACCCGUGGAGACGGUUCAGAUAAUGAUGAGAGUGCAGAAAUAAGAAGCUCUUCAUCAAACGAGAUAUCGAGUUCUAUUAAUGAAAUGUUUCCAAAAUCGACAGUGAUCAUAAAGGAAAACACAGGCAAUGAAUCAGAAACCAAGAUUCGUGAUAUUCCUGAUAAAAACUAUGAAAAUGUAAAAGAUGGGGAAUUGGAAGAAGCAUCGGUCAUUGAAAUCUCUGAAGACGGUACAUGGGAGACAAGAAUUCUGCCUUCUACCGAACUUGGACAAGCAAAUCAAGAAGAUGAGGGUCAUAAUACUGAAGAACCAGAAUUUUUAUGUGCAGUUGAUCGGUCUGUAGAGACAGUAAAGAUGGCGUACGGCUCCCAGUAUUACGUGAACUGCCCUGUAGCAAGCGUGAAGCCAAUGAGGCACGAGAAUGCGCCUGGUGAAGGCGAUGAUGAUACGACUCGUAACAUCGGUGCGCAGAUCAUGAAGAAGUAUGAGGAACAGAAGCAAAAACUUCGCGAGAAUUUGCCGGACGUCAGCCUUCUCGAUGUCGACUCUUCACUGGAAGACAUUCAACGUGAGCGUCGACGUAUUAUUGAGAACCAGGCCGUUCGAGCUAAGAGGAUUGACUCCUGGAUAAAAAGUGGGAAGCAUCCUGGGGAGGUACCUGUUGAUUUGCUGGAACUAGAAAACGUGUCGCUAAUUGAGGAAAGUAAUCUGGAUUCGCCUUUGUCAACAAUCACGGACUUCAUAGUGUCUGUCAGCGAUUCAGGUGAAACCACAACGAAAUUCAGCGUCCCUUCAGCCGACAUGGAAACGUGCAUGAGUACCAGUUCAACCAAACUGCCAGCCGAAGGAGAAGUGGUGUACGACUCCAUUAUCCAGAACAAGCACAAAACCAAGAGCUACUGGGAACAGCUGAUGAUGGCGGCUGCUACCACGGAGCAGCCCAGGUUACCGUUCAAGAGAGACUUUCUGAGUCUCGGUAGUGAUGGAGAAGACGGCAAACCAAGCAGUGACGUAUCCGAACAGGAGUAUUAUGAUGCCCGUUCUCAAAUCUCACUCCAUUCCCCUGCAGAGCCGCUUGAUUCCUUAGAUCAGACUUAUGAUCUUACGAGUUCAGGGCCUAAGAUUGUUGAAACUGUCUCAAAGAAACUGAUGGAGGCGGAAACUGUGAAGUUGAACAAGAGCAUUGGUGAAGAGAGUGUUAUUGAGAAAGAGAUACGUUUGCAACGUGAAAGAGAGGAGGCUUUGGCUCGUGAGAGAGAAGAAGCACUUCUAAUGGCCGCUGCUCUGCCACCGGACCACGUUGUCGAGACUUCUACGCCGAGCCCCCCAGUCAGUACUGUAACGGCCACCUACACGAGUCCAAACGCCGCCGAGACCAAGAUUGCCCUUGAACUGCGGGAAAUGCGAGAGCGGGAAGAGGAACUUCGACGUCUUCGUCAGAGGCUCAGCAAAGAAGAAGCUGACGACGGCUUCAAUAGCAUCCCCAACACAGACGAAGGCAACUUUUCCGAGUACGGGAGUGAAGAAAAAGAGCUCAGUUUGGACGGCAACAGCAGUCGCAUGAUGAGUCCAGAAGUUCCAGCAGGUCCUGAAGCUUUCUUGCACCAGAGGACACAGUCCAUGGAUUCCAUGAGUUCUGGGCACAGCUCAGGCUCUGGCUCUGGUUCCGGUAACAUUGACAUGAUUGCGAGUCGCCGUCGAAUCACUGUGAAGCCUCUAGAUGAACCUGAUGAUGAAGAGAUUCCAAGCUACAAGAUGAGGAAUCAGAAGGAAACUCCUAUUGAGCGUGAGAUUCGCUUGGCCCGAGAAAGAGAGGAAGAACUGCGUAGAGAGAAACGCCUUCCUCCACUCAUCUCUCAGCCUUCACCACCAACUGGAAAACAGGAGAUUCGACGAAUUAAUAGCAGAAACACACUCACUAAUGAUUCCCGAAGUGUCCAGCAUCGUCUAGCAACAAGUCGCAUCCAACACGAGAUAGAUGAGGCCACAGAACGUGAGAAAGAACUGCAGGAAGCUGGCAUGAUACAGACUAUGUCUGAAGAAACAGUGGAUUCAAAAGUAACACGGUUCACAGAUUUGGCAGAAUUUGCCAUUGAGGAGCAAGAUCGUAAACUUCAGAAGUCAAUCUCUACAUCACAUGUUCCACAAUCUGUAGAUGAGAUGGAUGGACAAACCAGCAUUUCUCAUACUUUUGUACAGAAAAUUCAGAACAAUAUUGGUUCAGCAAGAGGCCACAGAACUGCUGGACGAACCAUGUCACAGAGUCCCAGCACCCCAACACUCAGUCCACGGAAGUUUCCCAGCAGUUUGGGACAAAAGGGACUGAUGGAGAGAUUUCUGGCUACUCGAGGAAAGAUAGGUACUCUCAGCUCUGGCUUUGUUACUGGAACAUCACCCACCCCAGGACCACUUCCUGCACCUCCUGUUACAACCAACAAACUGGCAGACAUGUCACUUGAUGAACGGCAGAAUAUACAAGAAAGCGAUGAAAGAGAGAAUGGAGACAUUCAGAGAGCAGUUUUUCGCCGAGGAUAUAUUUCAGCUGAAGAAAAGAUGAAGGUGGAAAUGCAAGAGAUGCAAAAACGUGAGGAAGAAUUGAGACUGCAACGUGCUCGAAUGUUUGCACGGUCUCAACCAAAUCUGCUGUGCCUUGGGGACGAAGAGGAAGAGGAGGGCCACACCAUAGAUAGAGACAUGGAGAAUCACAUCCCUCUUCGCACUGCUUUGUCAAACCCUAAUUUAUUGGACUCAGAAACAACUCCUAAUGGUGACAGCAACUCAGUAGACAAGCCAUCCUUCAGGACAAUCCGGAAACAGAAUGCACUGAUUGCACAGUGGGAGAAUAUGAUUCAGCAAAACAUCGAACAUUAAACAAAACAGCCAUUUGAUUAGUUGUAUAUUUGAAGAAUAUGAAUAUUUCAGUAGAACUGAAAACCAGUGUUUCUUUAUGUGGAAUAUUUAACAUUUAGAACAAAGGAAGCUAUGUAGAAUGGUGAAAUGUUGCUAAUUUAGAAUGUUUAGCAACAUAAAACUAUAUUGCUUUUCUCUACAUGUUAUGUCAAGAUGAAGGUUCAACAUGGAAACAGAGAUGGAAGUGUGACAAGCAAAAAGUAACAAAUGGUAGUCUGUUUUUUCUUAUUGAACUCAACUCAGUCAACUAGCAUGGUGCUAUCAAGUUAAAUUUUUCUUAGAAUAUUUUGUGCUAUUUUUUGAAAUAGCAGACACUAGACAGCAGCAUCCUUUUUGGUCUGUGAAUAACUCACUAGAACAAAAAAAAAAUAUAUCAGUAAUUUCUGUGUAGUUAUUUUCUCAAAUUUUGAUCUACCAAGUAAUCUUAAAAGUGACAAAGAUACUUCAUUCUCAUUUAGGGAAUGAAAAACACAUAGUUAAAAAAUUGCAGCCUAUGUCAUUAGAAGAAUCAAUGUUUUCAUUGACAUCUCACUGCAAGUUUACUGUAAGUGAUGUUGACAGUAUAAAAUCAAAACAUAUAUUAAGUAGUUUUCUUUUUUUUUUUGCUUAUUCCAUUAGCUGCUCAGCUGAAAACAAAAUUAUAUAUUUGUGAAAUAUUUAUUUGAAUUUUAACUUAACUCAUCUUCUAUUUCAAUUAUGUAAUCAGAUGUAAUAAUUAAUAUUGAGUGGGAUAUUAAUUCUUUACUACUUAUUUUUUAAGUUAACUACAAAUUCUGCUUGUUAAUCAGUUAUCACAGGCCGUCAGUUACAUACAUUAAUCUUUAUUCCAUGUUAGGUGCGGGAAUAUUCAGUGAAAUCAUAAAAAUCAUCUGGUUGUGAAAUAAAUUAUUCAUUUUGUAUGAAAACAAUUAUAUUCACAAUUAAGCAAUGUUAGCAGUAAGAGAUCAAAAUCGGCAUGCUUCAUCAGCAAAAAAACACAUAGAGAAGAUGACUUUGUGACACUUUGUGUCACUUUGUGUCUAAUCCAUAAGUGCAGCAACCGUAAAAACUGGAAAUUCUUAAUGAAUCAUGAUAUGCAUUCUAUCAUAUUAUUCACAAGGGAAUAAUUACCUUUUUAUAUGAAUUAAACAGUUAUAAUCCACUGUGACCUGGCCUUCACACUUCAUAUUGCUUAGCUGGCCUGGAAUGGUUUUCAUAUUAUUUUAUAUAAAAUAGAGAAUUAUUUAUAUUCAACAUAUUUUUUGGUACCUUGGUGAAUACCUUAACUGACAUGAGGAGCAGCUCAGUGUUAUUUUUAAUAUGUAAAAUGCAAUACAUUACACGUUAAUGAUUUCGUUAUGUUCUAAUUUUCAUAAUGCCAGCCAUCAUGAUGUGCAUGAAUCACAGGCGCCAAUGAAGUGUUUUAUGUCCUUGGCCCCUGACACACAUGUCCAUUAUUUGUCAGUAACUGUAAUGUUACACUAGUAUAUAACAAUAUAUUUUUUCAUUAUUAAUAAAGAUGUUUGUGUCAAGAGAA